AUGCUGGUUGGUUAUAAGGUUACCCUCAUGGAGCACUUUUACCCAAAAUUUUCAGAGUAUAUCAAGAAAAUGGCUAUAAGGGCCAUUGCGAGAUUAGAGCUCUAUGCUUUCUUCAUCAUCAUCACUUUGGCGACAGCAUUCUUGCUGGUUACUGCAGACGAUGACAUUCCUGUGGAUGUGGUAGUGGUGGAUGUAAGGCCUGUUUUUCUUCGAGGACAUGAUGGGGUGCUGCAAUGUCGGUUUAGAGGUGAACCAUUAGCUGUCUUCUGGCUGAAGGGACCCGAUCUGGCGUCAGGAACAAAUCUAGUCACCUGGUAUCCACCACCACGAGGAGUCACCGUCCCAGCGUAUGCGACUGGAAGGUAUAACCUUACAGGAGACUUUUCCUUGGUGGUCCAUGACGUCGAUGAUGAUGACGCUGGACGGUACAUAUGCAGACUCUCCGACUUCAGGGGUUAUAUUCUCAGGAACUACACGCAGGCAACGGUUAAAGUUCCACCCCAGGACCCCUUUCCAACUAUUGCCCAGUGCUCACCAGAAUCAACCGGAAGUGGAGGAAACCCUUGUACGCAGACAAUCGAGACAGGUGAUGCCACGACAGAACUAACAUGUCGUGUACGGGGUGCGCCGAGAGGCGUCGUCUCGCUCUCCUGGACCCGCGGUGACAGAACUCUUUCCCAACAAGAUCUGCAAAGGUCUCCCAACCCUGACGGCGAGACGGAAGAUCUUACGCGUACAAUUGACGCAACGCCAAGCGAUGAUCCUUACGUCUGUACUGCCAUUCUGCCGGUGACUACCAGGGGAGAUGCGACUAUCAGCGUCAUAGUGAAUCCAGCACCAAUCAUAACAACCACCGAACUUGUAACUUUUAAUGCAACAAAUGUGGUUAUCGACGAUCCGGAAACAACAUCUUCAGGAAAAGAUGUCCUUGAUCGUACGUCAAAGGAAAUCUCUCUUGAUGAUCUCGAACACAUUUGCUGGCACGUCCGCGGUUGCAGGGAGACAGUCAAGCCCAUACUGCGAGCAUUGUACCCUCGCCAUGAAGGAGUCCCAAACUGCAAAGAGAAUUCCUGCGAUCCUGGUAAACCAAGAAACGCCGAAAUCAAGAAUGACCUGCAGUUAAUGAAGGCAUGGAAGGAACAUUCUAUGACAACGAAACCUGGAUACCAGGAACCUAAGGAGGAUCACAAAGAAGGGGAAAGAGUACAGAUGAGACAACCAACAUCCAGAUGGAUUUGCUGCUGCCAUAAACAACCUAAAUAUCGGCAUGGUGAUGACAAGAAUGAGCAACAGCCAAUGUUUUCUGCACAAUCUGAGGAGGUAGAGCUGGGAGUAGAAAGAUCGUCACCAAACCAAAUGAUUCAACUUUGCCUAGCGUUAGAAAGAGCAGGAAAGGGCGCACAUGGACCUGAUAAGGAAGUCUAUAUUCAACUGGCCAAAACUUUCUUUCAAAUCAAAGAUGAGUACAAGAGGGAAUUGGACAAUGAGGUCAUCAAGGAGUUUGCUCUGAGUAUCACCAAACAACACUACCAGAAUCUUGCAAAAGCCACGAAAAUUUCAGAGGACUCCAUUGCCGAAAAGAAUGCUGAAGACCUCAAAGCUGUGUACAAAACAGACGUUAUGCUUCAGGAAUGGGUACAGGAGCAAAAAGGAAGUAAUUACGAAGUCAGGUGUAGACUGAGGCAAGCAGCAGAACAAUGCAAUCGUCAAGACAUUGCAGAUAUUUUCAUAACCAAAGAACAGAGUAAAUUCAUGGCACCUGUUACAUCACAGCAAACCUCCGUGACAAUUACAAAUGAACAACGCCAGGGUGACAGUAAAACAAAACGUGAGAAAUCUGGGAAUGACACUCCUCUGGCUCAGCAAUCUGCAAACUACGAAAACCUAGCAAGAGGGACAAAGGGAAUGCAAUCCGAUAUUCCACGAAAAGAAACAAGUAUGCCUGAAACAAAACCAGCGGAGAAAUAUGUUACAGGAAUAUCUAGAGAGGAACUAUGUCGCAUCAUUCGUUAUGGGGGACGAGCAGCUCUUGAGACAUAUUGGCGUGAGAGAUUCGGAAAUGAUAAACAUAAGAAUCUGUGUGCGACACUUUCCGACCACGAACUCAUCUGUAUGCUGAAACCAUUCACUGACAGUCAACAUUACGAUAUCGUUAGACAACAAAGUGAUAGUAAUCCUAUAACGUUUAUGAAACACCUUCGACAGGAUGAACAAAUCCCAAGAAAUAUUCUAAGACAGCAUCUGCAAAAUGGAGCACCGCAAUAUGCGUGUCUUCUUCCAAAAGGGAAAGAAUACAAAAUAUACGAUGUAGAACUCGUUGAAUUAGCUUAUCGCCUCGUCCUAUCAGACGUUUAUCCAUUUGCCAAAGCACUCGACAUCGGUGACGAAGUGCUAACUCGCUACAAACAUAAACUUGGACCUAAAAUAAUACAACAUGGUACAAGGACAUUGCUAUUCGAGGUGAAAUCUAGUACAGACAAAGGCUAUGAUGAGAGACUGGAGAUUGCAAGUGCUUUGAAGGUAGCUGGAUAUCUGGAAGAGGCAAAGUCGAUAGUGUUUGGAUUUGAAAUCGGCCUGGCGGAUGAAGCAGAAAUAGAAGAGAAGCGAGUUGAUCCAGCGAAAUUAGCAAAGGAACUCGGUGUUUCUGAUGAUUCCAAGCCAGUUGGUCCAGAUGACAGAGAAGAGAGCUGUCAAUCUGUACUUCAAAGAUGGAGAAACAUUGUCCGUCCUUCAUCAUUCAAUCAUCGCAUGGUUUUGGCUGAUGCUCUGCACAAUCUGGGCGAGAAGGAGCUUGCACUCGGUAUUAUCUCAGGAAAGUUUCGGAACAACGUCAUAAACAGUAGAGUAUCAAAAAUGCUAGCAAAAACCAUUUUACCGGAAGAAGUGGAUAAACUGAAUAGAGUUCUUGGCAAGGAGUUGAAGAAAGAUCUAAACCCUUAUGAUAUUAUAACCGCCUGGGUGACUGAAAAGAAGUUUUGGGGUUUUUUUGAAAAAAGUCCAAUAUUAUUGAGCAACGAACUUCUCAAAGCAGGAUUCUAUCCAUUUGCUCAAGAGAUAAUGGCAGGUGGAUGGAAAGGAAAGGAGGCGAUCAAACAAACUCCAGGAGACGAGGCUGGAGAUAAGAAGAAUGAAGAUAGCAUGAGUCGUGAUGUUACACAGGCAGAUCCAGAUGAAUUGAAAGAAAAAAAGGAGACUGCCAAAGCAGGAAUUCAAGGAGAGGAUGUAGUAAGCAAGAAGAAUGAUGAUAACAUGACUCAUAAUCUUAAAUCUAUGAAGGAAGGCCCAGGUACAGAUGAAUGA